AUGGGAGCCGGGAUAGUGGACACAACCCUCUAUUUCGAUGCGAGGAAUCCGUAUUUUGAUAAUCCUAUUACCACCAAUGAAAUUUACUUAGCUUUAAAUUCCUGUCAAAACAACAAAGCUCCAGGAUCUGAUAAUAUUCCCUAUGAGUUUUACAAAUACUUACCAAAUAACUGGAUCUUAUACCUUAACUCAUUUUUCAAUACUAUCUUCAACACUUCCACUUUUCCUAAUAGUUGGUCGAAAAUUACUCUAAAAAUGCUCCACAAAAAAGGUCCCUCUAACGAUCCUUCCAAUUACAGGGGAAUUGCUUUAGUAAACUGCAUUACUAAAGUAUUCAUGCAAAUUAUUUUGAACCGUUUAGUCAAUUGGGUAGAAUCGUUUAAUAUACUUCCCGAAUCCCAAUCUGGUUUUCGUAAAGAACGUGGUUGUUACGAUAAUGUCUAUACUCUUACAUCCAUCAUUCAAUUUCGUCUCCGAUUUAAAAAGCGCAAGCUAUUUGUAUUGUUUGUUGACUUUAAGCGGGCUUUUGAUUGCAUUAACCACGCGUUGCUCUGGUCUAAACUUUUUGCUUUGGGUAUUAGCUCUAAAAUUGUACUUCUACUUAAAUCUUUCUAUUCUAAUGCUACCUUUAGGGUUAAUGCUGACGAGCAAUAUACUAAAUCGUUUAACAUUUGUGAGGGCGUGUUACAGGGAGAAGUCCUCAGUCCCUUGUUAUUUGCGUUAUUUCUUGCAGACAUCGAAGAUUUUUUUAAAAGCCGCGGAGCAGAAGGCAUCAAUGUUAAUAACGUAAAUGAAACUCUUAUGCUUUUAUACGCUGACGAUUUGGUAAUAUUGGGUCACUCGGAGAUCGAUAUAUCAAAAAAAUUAAAAAUGUUGGAGGAUUACUGCAAACAAAACAAACUUACUGUCAAUACUGCUAAAACUAAAAUUAUGUGUUUCUCUAGGGGUCCUUAUAACUUAAAAAAUAAUAUUAAAUUCACUUUCAAUCAAUAUCCCAUUCUAUUAACUAACACCUAUAAUUACCUUGGAGUGACUUUUGCCUCUUCGUCUCUAUUCCGUGAAAUGGCAGAUGUGAGUAAUGCGAAAGCUAAACAAGCAACUGGAGCACUUAUACCUGUUCUAGCUAAACUUAAAAUUGACUGCAUGCAAACGAGGCUACAACUUUUUGAUGCAUUAGUAACAAGUACAAUCUCCAAUUGUAUUUCUGUAUGGGCACUCCGUUAUGUAGAUGUUCUCGAACAAGUUCAAGUACAAUUCCUAAAACGAAUUCUUAUGCUUCCCAUAUCCACACCCGGUUACAUAGUCAGAGUGGAAUGCGGCAGAGUCAAACUCUUGUAUAAUAUAUUCAAGUGGACACUAAACUGGUUGAAGAAAAUUUAUAUGAUGGACGAUUCCCGUUACCCCAAAAUGUGCUUUUUUCGUCAACUACAACUGAUGGAGACCGAUAGCAGGGAGGAAAGUUAUAAUGAAUCACCUUCCACCUCUGGAAAAACCAACCAGCUCCUACCUCAAGAAUAUGCUACAGAGAAAACAGAUACUGAAUCACCUUCUACUUCUGGGGGAAUCAUCCAGAUCCAACCUCAAGAAUGUCCUAGGAGGAUAACAGCUAUUGAACCGCCAUCUACUUCUGCAGAAAACAACGAACGUCAACUGCAAGAAUUUCAAAAUAAUUUCGUUGAAAUGGACGUUGACGUUACAGAUAAUGCAGUGGAAUUACUGCCGGAAAAUUCAAUCUCACCCAAAGUUACGCUUGAUUAUGCUGAUCCAGCGUCUUGGGACACUCUAAAUAUUAAUCGCCAAACUUUACGAACCAUUUUAGUAGAGCAUGGACCUGACCAAGUCCUUAGUAUUGUUUUAUCUACGGUACUCAUCCAGGCAUUGAAAAAAGAAGAAGAAGCAUCCGAUUCAUACAGGAGAUAG